GAAACUUGUGGCAGGUGGCCGAACUGAUCCUGCGCACCGCCAUUAAGAACUCAGCCGGCUCGCCCAGUUAGUUCAACAACGUCGGGAGGCACUCGUUACUCGUAGUUUUUUUUAAAUUAAUCGUUGGGUGUUUUGUGAUAAAUUUAUUAAUAAUGAGCACAACAGUUUCUCAGGGCACCAUUUUGGAUGUCCUUAAAAAGAAAAUGCGCCAAACGAAGGAGGAAAUGGAACGUUAUAAAGACGAGUGCGAGGAAUUUCAAAAAAGGUUACAAUUGGAAGUGAAUCGACGCGAAGAAGCGGAAUCAGAAGUUGCAGCACUCAAUCGUCGCAUUCAAUUGUUGGAGGAAGAUUUGGAACGUUCCGAAGAAAGAUUGGCAACGGCCACCGCCAAAUUGGCCGAAGCAUCGGCAGCCGCUGAUGAAAGCGAACGGAUACGGAAAGCGUUGGAGAAUAGGACGAAUAUGGAAGACGACAGAGUUGCAAUAUUAGAGACGCAACUUUCACAAGCUAAAUUAAUUGCGGAGGAGGCCGAUAAAAAAUACGAAGAGGUUGCUCGUAAAUUGGUUUUGAUGGAACAAGACUUGGAAAGAGCAGAAGAACGAGCCGAACAUAGUGAAAGCAAAAUCGUCGAGCUUGAAGAAGAAUUGCGAGUUGUAGGCAACAAUCUUAAAUCACUAGAAGUCUCUGAAGAAAAGGCCACGAUCCGAGAGGAGAAUUACGCGACCCAUGCGAAGGCAUUGGACAAUGCUUUGAAAGAGGCUGAAGCUCGUGCUGAAUUUGCCGAACGCUCCGUACAGAAACUACAAAAGGAAGUCGACAAAUUAGAAGAUGACUUAUUAGCGGAAAAAGAAAAGAACAAGGUCCUAGCAGAUGAAAUGGAAGCCACGUUACAUGAUAUCCAAAAUAUGUAAUUUGACAGCUAUUUCAUUUUACAUUCCCUCAUUUUCUUUCGACAUUUCCAGCAAUCGUGUAUUGCCACAGCAAUGCAUUAAUAGAGUAGCUUUAAAUAAAACGCUUUUUGCAUUUAUCAGCGAAGUAUCGGUAGCAUUUUUUUUGUACGUUUGUAAUUUGAUGCGACACAGACACUUAAAUUCACAAGGCAAAAAGCAAUAAUUUUAGUUCUUAGAUUUGCAUCACUAUUGUUUCUGAAAUUUUGCACAAAUUUUUUUCUCAAAUUAACGUUAAUGAAUUUUGCAUGUUGCCAUAAGGGUUGAUCUCGUAAACAUCGCAAUUAGAUCAACACUGCCAUUUUUUCUUAAAUAUUUAUAAUUGUGCGUAUCUCGUUAUGCAAAUUUCAUUAAAUUUAAUUUAUCGCCGUAUUUUUUGGAUUAAUUUUUGUAUAGGUAUUGUAUAUUUUCGUAACCUGUAAGAAUUAGGUAAAUACACAGUUGUAUAUUUUUUUAAAAGUGUGUAUCGUUAAGUAAUUAAACAAUGUGAUGAAGCACAGCUAUUUAUUACAAUUUUUUGGUAUUUGGUUUGAAUGUGUGCUUCUUUGUUGAAUUACUGUACACAGUUAAUUUAGGGACCACUUUUCGUAAUUUCAGAUUUUGAUAAAGUAUUAUUUUAUCUAUUAUAAAUAUAAUUGCAAAUUUUAUUUUUAGUCUGUUUAUAUUCUAAUAAUUUACUAUGUAUUCUAUGUGGUUGAACUAAUAUAAAAAAUUUUUAUGUUG